AUGUCUCUGCAACUCUUCCUGCUGCUGACCCUACUGGGCCCUGGCAGCAGCCUCCAUCAGCCAGAGAGCUGGGAGAACAGAACCAGUCAAGCUCCAGGCCUGCUGCCUACUGGGGGCGGGAGAGAGAAGCCCACGACUGACGACCCAGAGUUUGACGAGGAUGACUACACCUGGAGCACGGAAUCUUCAGAAAUGCUUGACAAUAACAUCUUGGCUGUGACCCUGGGCCCCGAGACACCAACCGUGAUGGAGACAUUGGGGCAGAGAGGCCCUGCGGGGCCUGGAAGCCCUGAGCCAGGCACUGUGGAGCCUGCCACGAGAGACUCUGCUGGCCUGGGUACAGGAGGGGCAGCCACAGGGAAUCUGAGCACAGAACUGGCCACACAAGGGAGUCCCACAGCACAGGACCCUUUGACCACAGGACUGGCCACUGCAAUCCUUCCCACCACAGGGGCAUCCACAGUGGGGGUUCUUCCCAUGGAGCAGAACACCACAGAGGCCCUUUUCACACCAUCCAUAGGGCCCACAGCCAUGGAAGCCCUACCCACAGAACUGGUUGCCACGGGAGCCCACACCAAGGAACCCAGUGCCACAGAAGCCCUGUCCACAGAGCCAGCCACCACGGAGGCCCUGUCCACGGAGCCAGGCACCACGGAGGCCCUGUCCGCGGAGCCAGCCACCACGGAGGCCCUGUCCGCGGAGCCAGGCACCACGGAGGCCCUGUCCGUGGAGCCAGCCACCACGGAGGCCCUGUCCACGGAGCCAGCUACUAUGGAAGCCUCCUCUACAGAACUUGUAACCACUAAGGGCGAGACCACAGAAUCUGCUACCACAAGCGGUCUAGUGAUGUCCCCUCCUGUGUCCUCUGAUACCCAAAGCAACACCAUUGUGGCAGUCAGCAAGGCACUGAAUGUCAGCAUCAAUCAAUGGAGACGGCAGGAUCUGACCGUCAGGAGCUCUGUGGCCUCCAGCCCCACAGGAGUCCCGGACAGCAUCCCCGUGAAGCAGUGCCUACUGGCCAUCCUCAUUCUGGCGCUGGUGGCCACCAUCUUCCUUGUGUGCACUGUGGUGCUGGCCAUCCGCCUCUCACGCAAGAACCACACAUACCCCGUGCGCAGCUACUCCCCCACCGAGAUGGUCUGCAUUUCGUCCCUGCUCCCUGAGGGGGGAGAGGUGCCCACCGCCAGCUCGGCCAACGGAGGUCCACCCACUGCCAAGGACCAGGACCAGAAGCCAGAGCUUGGGGAGGAGCGAGAUGGGGAUGACCUGACCUUACGCAGUUUCCUCCCUUAG